UUUAUGACGUCGUGUGUCGGACCUUGGUUGGAUGAUGGUACGAUGGCAGCAUUUCCAAAUUGCAAGUGCAGCCCCACCGCCUUCCCGCGGUGGCUCGUCGAUCGACCUCUGGUGACGCCACGUGUAGACCUCGAAAUCGUUCGCCUCGGUACUGCUCCCCGAGACUCGGACGAUUUCUGUUGCGUUUCCAGCGUCCACAUUGCAGUUGACCGGUCUUGUCGGCCUGACCGCAGCAUUGGACCAUAUGCAAACCAGUUACAUGCACCACCCAGCCACUUCACAAUGCACCAUCCCCGCCUCCCCCAAAAGCUUCGCCAGUAGCAUCCUCCCCGAUGGCUCUGGCAGGCCCCCGCUGCGUCUUGUAGCACCUUCCACGCAGUCGUCGCCUUGCAAAAUAGUGACGACGACUCACCCCACAAUCCAGUGGGAAUGGCUAGCCCAUUCACUGGAAACACAUCCGUCUGCCUGGUCUUCCCUCGCCGCGACGAGCCACGCCGCCCGCGCCGCCACCGACGCCAUCCAGACCAUCCUUGUCGCCAUGCUGUACAUGGCAAGUGCUUUGAGCUCACCCCAGCGAUCGAUAGCUGGCGAAGCCCAAGCCCCCUACCCAGUGCACCCAGUCUCAAUAAGUGAUGUAACCGUCAACAACCCUGGGCACUGGACACAUGUAUGUUGUACCUAGGAGACAUCGGCCGAGUCGACUUUAUUCUUACGAAUUGAAGCCCUCCGGCAGUCUCUUCACAGAGAAUGUCAAGUCCGACCAUAACGUGAACUACAGCGUUGCGUCGUUAAAAGUAAAAACACAACAAAUUCUCUUAUCCCA